AUGAAGACUCUCUGCAUAAUUCACUUAGCAUUUCUUAUGAAAGUCUACUUCGCGAGUGCAAAUUCACCAGAAGUUUGUAUUGACACUUUGGGAUGCUUAGAAGGUGUUUAUAAGCCGAACAGCGAAGGAGAGCAGUAUGAAGCCUUCUACGGUGUACCAUUUGCCAAACCGCCGGUCGGUGAAUUGCGGUUUAAGAAUCCGGUAGCUGUAGAGCCAUGGGAGAAUAAGCUUUUAGUCAAGGAACCGAAGGCUGAAUGCAUCCAACACAAUUAUCUAUAUUAUCCGACUAGUACGACUGGCGAAGAAGAUUGCUUAUAUUUGAAUGUUUAUCGCCCCGUGAAUUCCACUUCAAAAAAAUUACCCGUUUUGUUUUACAUCUACGGUGGUGGAUAUUCUUGUGGUUCUGAAAAUCCAAUCUUAGCUGGACCGGAAUAUUUUAUGGACACAAAGGAGGUCAUUUUGGUUAUACCCGGAUAUCGCUUGGGUAUUUUUGGUUUCCUUAGCACCGGCGAUGAGCAGAUGUCUGGCAACUUUGGUUUGAAGGAUCAGAAUUUAGCACUUCAAUGGGUAAAUAAAUAUAUUGAUUCGUUCGGCGGCGAUCCAACGCGUGUCACCAUUUUCGGACACAGCGCUGGUGGCAGUUCAGUGCACUACCAAAUGUUAAGUCCUGCCUCAAAGGGUCUCUUCCGCAAUGCCAUACUUGUGAGUGGCACUGCCAUCAGUCCAUUUAUCAACUAUGUGGAUGCCAAACCGCAAGUUGUUAAAUUGGCCAACGCAGCGGGAUUUACAAAUACAAGCCAAAUGUCUACGAGUGAACUUGCCAACGCACUACGCACUGUCGAUGCAUUCGACUUACUGAAAGCAAGCGAGUCGCUGAGUACUUGGGAGGUAUGGCCGCUCAUACGUCUACGCCCCGUUAUCGAACAGGAAUCAUGGCCGAAUGCUUUUAUGACCGAAGAUGUCUUCAAUUUGGUUGAAAAUAAAAAUAUCAAAACUGUACCAUGGAUUGGUGCGUCUAUGACACCGAAGGGUGAGGGUGUUAUUUUCGCGCUGAGACUUCUUGGACAUGCGAACUUACGUGCGGAAUUCAAUAAAAAUUUUGACGAAUUAUUCAAAGUGGUGCUGGACUUACCUGCUAGCGGCAAACCGACUGAGGUUGCUGCAGUCACAGAACGCUUACUGGCGGAGUAUAUGGGUGGUGUGCACGAGCUAAAUAAUGCCACAUUAGAUGGUUUCCUUGAGCUUUUAGGUGAUUAUAAUUUCGUACAUCCGCUAUAUAAAGUCAUUGUUUUGAAUGUAAAUGGCAGCGCUGCGAAUCGUAGUCUAGAAGGAUUCAUAAGAUUCAACUACACCGGACCUUAUUCAUUUUCGCCGUCAUUCACAAACAGCUCCGCAGAUUUCGGUGCUAUACAUGUGGACGAUAUGAUAUAUCUCUUUACCUUACCGUCAGUAGUACCUAAUGGUUUUUCGAAAUCCUCACCUGAGGCUGAGCUCAUUAAAAAAUAUGUUGGAAUUUAUGUGGAAUAUGCUAAAACAGGAAAAACUGAAGUCUUCAACGAGGCGAGCUCUUGCACAAAGAAUGUUCUACAGAAAUCCAAUGACUCUGAGUUUUGCGAUCAUUUGUCCGUCGUCAAUGCGCCGAAUCCCUUCCAAAUUGACAAUAAAUGGCGUGUUGACCGUAUGAAAUUGUGGGAUUAUGUUUACAACACUCUGAAGUAA